AUGUCAUUCGCUACCCAGACCGCAGCUCGCUGCGCCAGACAGCUCUCCGGCUCCGUCCGUCCAUCCUCCCUGCGCAUCGCGACCUCCGCAUACCUCACAGCCCGUCGCACACCCAGCACCCAACGAUGGGAAUCCACCGCUGCUGCCCCCACAAACCCUAAGAUUUCCCAGAUUGUGGACCAGAUCAGCACAUUGACCCUGCUUGAGACUGCCGACCUGGUCUCCAGCUUGAAGACCCGCCUGAACAUCCCCGACCUCCCCGUCGGCGGUUUCGCCAUGGCCGCCGGCGGUGCCCCCGGAGCCGCCGCCCCCGUUGAGGAGGAAGAAGCCGCGCCCGCCGCCGCCGAGAAGACCCUCUUCAACCUGAAGCUCGAGUCCUUCGAGCCCACUUCCAAGCCCAAGGUCAUCAAGGAGAUCAAGACCAUGCUCGGCCUGUCGCUGGUUGACAGCAAGAAGUUCGUCGAGUCUGCACCCAAGAUCCUGAAGGAGUCCGUGCCCAAGGAGGAGGCAGAGAAGAUCAUCGAGACCCUCAAGGCGCUCGGUGCUAAGGCGAUUAUGGAGUAA